AAAAGAAAAAGAAAAAAAAGAAGGAGAAGAAGAAGAAGAGAGAGAAGAGUAAAGUGAGAUCUUCACUCGGCGGCGCCACCGAUCGAGCUCGCCAUGGCCACGUCUCUGCUGAUGGCGGCGCUGAGCAAGCGCCGCACCUGGGUCUGCUUCUUCCUGCUCGUCUACGCCCUCCUCCUCUCCUUCUCGUGGUCGCUCCUCGUCUCCAUCCGCUCCUGGUACGCCGCCGCCCCGGCCGACUCCCCCUGGCCCGCCCUCUACGCCUCCGUCCUCUACGGCGCCGUAUUCGGCCUCCUCUCCAUGGGCGCCGCUCUCGCCGUCGCCAUCCCCGCUACGCUCGUCACCUGGAUCACCGUCCUCGUCCUGCUCGCCUUCGCCGGGAAGCCCCGACGGGCCCUCGUCAUGGAGGGCCGCCGCGUCACCGCCGACAUCUCCUCCGUCGCCGUCAAGAUCCUCCUCCGCGAGGGCAAUCUCGUCGCCGGCGUCUGCGCCGCCGCCAGCUUCUUCGCCCUCCUCCACAACCACAACCACAACAACAGCAGCAGAGGCCCCUCCGCCGCAGCAGAUCACCACCUAUAGAUUUGAACCGCAGGCAGCUCUCCGUUUUGCUGUAUUUUUCACUUCUUUGCCUUGCUGUUUCUUCACUGUUGACUAAUUUCCCCCAAAGAUGAACACACGCAGAGUCAACGCUUUGACCUGAUCUAUCUAUCAAUCUAUCACUUAGCAUCGCUAGAUUCUAACUGUUCCAACAUGAAAGGAGUUCAAAAUAGAGUGAUCUACAAUUCGAAUGUCGCAUGAAAUUAACUGUAAUUGGUGAAUUCUGUUGAAUGAAGAUUUUGUAGGAGAGACGGUUGCUCAGAGGUUGUCGCAGAGAAUAUACUAUGC